AUGAAGAAACUCAGUGGGACGGCAUCUAAAAUUUGGAAAAAUUUUUCGGAAAAAAUACGUGAUAUAUAUAGAAAACAAUAUGAAAUCAAUAGAGAUUUUCAAACAAAUGUAUCUGGUUUUCAUCCUACAUUUGAUGAUAUUACAGCAAUUGUAGCAAACGACAAUAAUGUGAUCGAUGAUUUGGAUUUUACCAUCUAUCCGUGCGACAAUCGGAAAAAUUGUCCCAUUUGUUUAAAAUACUUUCCUGCUGAACAUGUGGUAACCCAACAACUCGCUAUUCCAGAAAAUAUUUCUGAAUCAAAUCCUGAGAUUUCGGUACCUGUUCCGGCUGAAGAUUAUUAUAUGAGUUUGGAUUGCUCCUUUGCAGGAGAUGUAAUUAAUCAACAACAAUUUACACCUUUAUAUUAUUGUGUUGAAGAAAAUUGCCUUGAAUGCUUAGCGAGAAACGUGUCAUACCCACAACAAUGGAUCUCACCUAAUGAUGAAACUAUUCCUUUAGAAAAUUCUCAUUCUGUAAAUCCAGAAUGUGAAUUUUCUGAUUUCAUAAACUAUUCUUAUUGUGAUGAAAAUAAUUUAAUAUGA